AUGAGAACAAUUGACCUUUGCACGCGGCACGUAGGCCGUGCAGUCCUUUUUCAUUCCAAAUUUCUGCCCGGUCGGCCCAGCGCUGCCGUUUUUAUGAAAAGAUCGGCAUCGGGUGCAUUUUCCAAAAAAGCGCUUUUCUCUACGUCCCGGACACUUGGGUUUAGUCGAUCUCUAAUACUGAGAGAGGUCAAGACGGAUGCGAAUUCUCAACCUGCUCCGGCGACGCCAACAACGCCAGCGGCACCUGUGGCGUCGAAGAAAAGCGACACGAAUGGGUCGUCUCAGAACUCGAAAACACCUACGAUCUCAGAAUUGAGAAUUCUGAGGGACCUUUUCAAGUACAUCUGGCCCAAGGGCGAUAACAAAGUCAAGACCCGCGUGGUAAUUGCGCUCGGGCUGUUGAUUGGCGCGAAAGUACUGAACGUCCAGGUGCCGUUUUUUUUCAAGCAAAUUGUGGAUUCCAUGAACAUCGAGUGGUCUAGCGCGACGGACGUGCUUCCGAUCGCUAUAGUUGCGACUAUUCUCUCGUAUGGUGCGGCCAGGUUUGGGUCUGUUCUGUUCGGAGAGCUCAGAAAUGCGAUCUUCUCUUCUGUGGCACAGAACGCGAUUAGGAAAGUGUCUUUGCAAACGUUCCAGCAUUUGAUGAAAUUGGACCUGGGAUGGCAUUUGAGCCGUCAAACAGGCGGUCUGACGAGGGCAAUGGACAGAGGUACCAAAGGUAUUUCCUACGUGCUGAGUGCCAUGGUUUUCCACAUAAUACCGAUCGCGUUUGAAAUUUCUAUAGUCUGCGGGGUGCUCACUUACCAGUUUGGUGCCUCAUUUGCGGCAAUGACGUUCGCAACCAUGGUGACGUAUGCAAUUUUCACGUUCAGAACAACCGCAUGGAGGACUGAGUUUCGGCGCUCGGCUAAUAAGGCUGACAACAAAGCCGCUACCAUUGCUCUGGAUUCCUUGAUCAAUUUCGAGGCUGUCAAAUAUUUCAACAAUGAAACGCAUUUGGCCAUGAGAUACAACGAACAUCUCAACUCGUACCGAGACUCGCAAGUGAAAGUUGCACAGUCGCUAGCGUUUCUUAACUCCGGCCAAAAUUUGAUCUUCACCAGUGCUCUGACAGCGAUGAUGUACAUGGGGUGUACGGGAGUGAUGUCGGGCCAUCUUUCCGUAGGGGAUCUCGUGCUCAUAAACCAGCUUGUGUUUCAACUGUCGGUUCCUUUGAAUUUUUUGGGUAGCGUUUAUCGGGAACUCAAACAAUCUUUAAUCGACAUGGAAUCGCUCUUCAACCUACAAAGAAAUCAAGUAACCAUUCAAAAUGCGCCCCAACCUCGCAUGCUACCGCAAAGCCUUUCACAUGAGAUCAGAUUCGAAAACGUCUCCUUUGGUUAUGAUCCUGAACGCUUGAUUUUGGACAACGCCAGCUUCACCAUCCCUGCAGGCCAAAGAACAGCGAUCGUGGGACCCUCCGGGAGCGGGAAAUCGACCAUUCUCAAGCUCGUUUUUAGAUUUUAUGACCCUCAAAGCGGUCGCGUUCUAGUGAAUGGCAUUGACGUUCGCGAUAUGGACCUCGCGCAACUGCGUAGUGCGAUUGGGGUAGUCCCGCAAGAUACGCCGCUCUUCAAUGACACUAUCUGGGAGAACGUAAAAUUCGGCCGAAUAUCCGCGACCGAUGACGAAAUCUGGAAAGCCAUUUCGCAGGCCCAACUUGAUCCUCUCAUUCGAAAUCUGCCCAAGGGUCGCGAAACUAUUGUCGGAGAACGCGGGUUGAUGAUCAGCGGCGGGGAAAAACAGCGUCUGGCAAUAGCGCGUGUUCUUCUGAAAAACGCACCCAUAACGUUUUUUGACGAAGCUACCAGCGCACUUGACACACACACAGAACAGUCUUUGCUGAAAACAAUAAGGGAGACGUUCAUGGGCAAACAUAAGACCAGUGUGUCCGUCGCUCAUCGACUGCGCACCAUUGCCGACUCCGACAAGAUCAUUGUUCUCGAAAACGGUCGUGUCAAGGAAGAGGGGAAGCAUCUCGAAUUGCUCGCGAAGGACAACUCCCUUUACCGGGAAUUGUGGGACAUACAGGAGAACUUGCAACUUUUACAGGAAGGAAUCGAAGAAGACAGCAAGGAAAAGUCUGCCCAACAUUAG